GCAAGAACUAACCCACCAAAGAGAACUCAGCAGCAGUUCUGUUGGAUAGCUCAUGUGAUUCAAAGAAGGAAGGACAAUUUUGAAGCUCAGACGUGUGACUAGCUGCAGAAACACAGUGAGCUGAAAAAACUCUUUGGAAACCUCAGCAAAGGAAUAAAGCAUCAGGACAAAGGACCUUUGGUCCCACAAUGACAUCAGCCCAUCUGCUCCUGCUCCUGCUCUCCCUGACUUUCACCAGUGUCUGUGUCAAUGUUGGGCAGCCAUUUCCAGAGGAAAGUGAGAAUGAGGAACAGAGCCAUCUGGAUGACAUCUUCCAAAGGGCAGAAAGAAUCAUCUUGAGAUCCAUUUUCCAGAAGGCAGAAGAUGAUGAAGAAGAUUCCAACAAAGAGCCAGGAGCUUCUCAGCUAGACUGGAUCUCAAAAAGGCAGCACCCUGGAAAAAGAUCUCUAUACGAUCUAGAAAAGAGGCAGCACCCUGGGAAAAGGGAAAAUGAGGACGAUGAAUCUUAUGGAGAGACUAUGAAGCGUCAGCACCCUGGGAAAAGAGAAGAAGAUGAUGAAUUUGAUCACUACCUGGAAUUGCAGAAGAGGCAGCAUCCAGGCAGGAGGUACUUGCAGGAACAGUACGCUGACAUCCCUAGCAGCCAGCUAGCUUAUCUAAAUGAAUUAUCCAAAAGGCAACAUCCAGGCAAGAGGUACCUGGCCCACAGCAAACAACUGCACCCUGGCAAGAGAAGCUGGGAUGAUGAGGUAGAGGAAGGUGAGGAGAACUUGGAGAAACGACAGCACCCAGGCAAGAGGUACCUGGUGGGUUCAGAGCGUCCACACUCCAUUGUUCCCUGUGACCUCCAGGAAUCGUCUGAAUGCAGGAAAGGCAGCUUGCUGCUAGGGUUGCUAGAUAAUAUAGGCAAAGGCCAUGUAGACGAGAAGCAGCAACACCCAAGAAGAUCUUCUUGGGAUGGUGAGGUGGAGGCAGAGGAAUGAGACAUGACCAGUGUGCAUGUCUGUUUAUUGGUUACAUUCCUUUGAAUGAUUUCCCCAAACUAUUCAACGUUCCAUCCAUAUCCCCAUUACUACUCCUUUUAACUCUUUGCUUGCUGACCUACUUUGUAGGUAAUUCUCAAUGGUGUGCUCCUUCCUGGUGGUCUGUGGUCCAGAUUUAGCAAUGCACGGACAUGUGGAUUUCAUUUUAAGCACAAGACUGUGGCCCUUGAGAGGCACAUGGUCAGGCUCACCUGCACAUGCUUACAAUGAAAUGUAUUUUUAAAAGGAUGAUUCUGAUGUUUCGUUUCUCAACAGACAUGUGUAGGCCAAAGAUGAAUAUGGGAUAAAAAUAUCUGAAUGCAAGAAUAGUCAUAUGUGAGUCUUGAUGCUUACAACUGACAAUCUAGCUCCAAAGAAGUUUGCAAAUAGCACGCAUAGUUCUAGGGGUAGAGGAAAAUUGUGAUUCAGUCUGCAUUUAAAGCCCAAUCUAUCAAAUUCACACUUUCUGAAACAAUGUGAGAAUCAAAACACAGCCAUCCUUCAAAAUGUGCAUUUAUCCAAAUUUGGUGAUGCAGUUCUCUAGCAAAACAAUGUUUACAAAAAUGCAUAUAUUAGGGAAAAUAUGCAUAAAAAUGAAUAUAUUAGUGAAAAUAACAUACAAAAUGUGUUAUAUUUGGAGAAAUUGUUGGCAAAAAUGUAUAUGUUAGUUAAAACUGCAUACAAAAAUGUAUUAGAUGAAAUUCACACCAAAAUGCUGAAGAAUUUUCAUGAGGAUUAAAAAAAAAACCCCUCACAAUUUGUUGCUGAAAUGAGAAGAACUGAAUUUAAGAGUGAGUAAAUCAGAUGCUGAGAGAGCUGAAAUAGAGAGAUUCUUCCAUCCCUACUUUAUCUCUGAGUACGUCCUUAGCUGUGUCAUGGCCAUCUCCCUCUAUGGGGCAUCAACAAAAGAAAUGCAAUGCCAUAAUCAGCUGCACAUCCUUUGCUGAAUUGGGGUCUACCCUUUUAAUCCUGAGAACGGGUAAGUGCUUCCUACGAAAGUAUUUCCACGGGUGUGUCCAUGUGGAAGCAAAUUGGAAGUGUGAGAAGUAAACAAAGGAAGGAGGGCUUAGAAAUUUACUCUUGCCAUACGGACAGCAUGGCCUAUGCUAGUCCAUUCACCAUGGAGGCCACCUGCACUGUGGACCAACAAAGGGUGAAGCCAUGGAGAUAAGGGGACUUCAAGGACUGGCAGUUCACUGCAUUAGUAUAACUUCAUGUACAUACCUCUUCAAAUUUACCAUGUGGACAUAUCUUUUCAUAAUUCAGUCAGUGCUUUGUUUCAUGAGGCCCAACAGUAACGCCGGUCUACAUGCUAUACUCACCAAGGAGAGCAUCACCAUAAGGAGUUCACAGACUUCCCUAGCUUUAUUGUUUAGAACAAGGAGCCCACAUUACCCCAUUGCAACUUCACUGGGGGCCGCAUGGCAGGGUGGGUAUGGCCAAAAAUAUAGGUUGGGACAUUUCACACAUGCACAUACAUGCACACACCACAGACAUCUCACACCCGCUCGCACAUAUGCAGACACAUACCACACAUACCUCUCCCUCUCUCAAGCACACACGCAGGCACACACACCCUUCUCUCUCUUACACACACAUGCACACACACACAGGCUGCCGGGUACACACCAUACUUUCACACAUGCAGACCCACAUACCACACACACAAAACUCGUUGAAUGGUUGGGCACCUAUGCAUUGUUCAAAAGAGAUAGGGGGCUUGGAAACUCACCAUAGUAAUAUAGAUCCCCAUGGCAUGAGUAACAUCUGGACCUGCAGUACAAUUGCCUAAUCAAUGACACAGUCUCUAUGAGUUAAGCCUGUUUGUGCCGCCUCUUGCUGUUUGCUACGCUGGAUGCUGGAUGCUGAGAGUGAGAGGAGAUGUCGCUUUUGGUUUCGCAAAUGACGCACCUUGUGGACUAUAUGGGCCAGAAGCUUUGUUGAACUUUGUUGUGGUGACCUUUACCUGUUGUUUUAGUUUUAUUGCUGUUUUGAUGUUGUGAUACUUAUAUAUUAUGACUUUGUACAUCGCUCAGAGUGGCUCGGUUUCCAGCCAGAUGGGCGAUAAAUAAAUCGCAGAAAUAAAUAAAUAAAUAAAUUAAGCAGAAGCAGCAAGGGAUAAAAGCAGGGGUGUAGUUGUCCAGGGUCUCAGGGGGUCUUAGACCCUUUACUUUUUUGGGAGCAGGCUCCCAGCUGGGUCCCUAUGUCUCCAACAUCCUAGAAGUCAAUCAGCAUGAAAGGGGAAUGUGUUAGCCACUGAGAAGAGUCUUCUUACAUGCUUCCUUGCACUUUACUGCUGAUUGGAGCCAAUCAGAGUGAAAGGAGGUAAGUCAGCCACUGAGAAGUCUUUUCUCAGUAGCUAACACUCUUCCCUUUCUUGCUUGUUGGCUGCUAGGGACUUCUAUUGUUGUUGUUCUAAUGUUAACAAGGAUCUCAUUCUCAAUCCAGCAGCAAAAAGGGGGGGAGGGGUGGCUGUGACUAACAUGAAGGGACCCUGCACUUCUGAAUUUGCCACUACACUAUUGGAUAAAAGAAAAUCAAACAUGGUUUGGUAAGUGCCUACAAAAGUAUGGAAGUUUGGUGCUUGUAUGUCAAAUGGAUAGAGUAAGGGGUUUUGUCUCUAAAAAUGUACCUUUUAUGUACUGAAGGGAUGGUUCCUGUCAUAUAGGCAGCAAGAACCACGAUGUUCCAAUCACUAUUGCUGCUGCUUAGAAAAGAUCAAGGAUGAUGAACAAAAUAGCGAUGUGCAAAUUGAUCCAGAAGUAGCCUGACCCACAAGCAUGAGUAACAUCAGUGUGUAUGGAGACUUACUGCUGGUGUAUUCUCCAACCUUUAUAGGUGUAUUCCAUCAAUAUCCAUAUUGGUUCCAUGAAGACACAUCUUUUUUAUGCAGGGCAUCUAGCCAUUUUCCAUCUGGUAAUACUGCUUUCAGACUGUCUUGAUGAUAGGGGAUUGUGAAUAACUGCUGCCUUGUCUGUGCUGCCUAAGGUGGAUUGGACUGCCAUGUUGCUAAUUAAUAGGAAAAAUGGGCAUAGAGAAAUGACAUGGCUAUUUAGCAAAUUAGACAUUUGCUAUUAUCCUUUGCCCUAAAAGUGACUGCAAGGUUUUGUUUGGAAAAGCCACAGCUGAGAAUUCUCAUAGUGCUUGGGUUUCAAUAAGCUGUCUUGGAAUCAAUGGCUCACUUUAUUUCCAAAUAAUGAUUAAUAAUAAUAAAUAUUUUAAAUUGCAGCAAGCAGGUGUCUUUGUCUCAUUAUGUGGAUUUUCAUUUAAAAUAUGAGAACGUCUGCCUGUUGUCCCCAAAAGAAAUGUUUUAACUUUCUGUAGACUAAAGGUGUUUACUUGCCAUAAACAAAUCAAUAAAUAUCUAU